GUCACAUCGUAUUGCAUUUUGUCCAAACUUUUACAUUUUUCUAACGUCUACACUUUCUAGAUUUCAUCCUUCAUGAUGAUUUUGGACUUCGUCCGGGACCACCCGAUCCUCUGUUUGCUCGCUGCCGGCUGCACUGCCUCGCUGGGGUACUUCUGGAUGACCAGAGAGCCUGCACCUGCACCACCACCACCAUCACCCGCCCCAACACCAAGCCCCUCCGUCAGCUCCUCGUCCAGCGACAGCCAAAUCUUCUACCCUGCGAACGAGGAGCUGGACGACGUUUGGCCAGAGGUGCAGGUGCAGGGCCCCAGCGGGGACCAUUAAGACACACAAGCUACAGAGACACAAGCACCCACGACCAUCUAGGGUAACAGUGCAGCCGGACAGUAAGGAGGAGUGAACAAACAUGCUAAACAGAAGAAAACAGAAGACAAGAAAGGGCCAUGCCCAAAAGGCCCAAAACACGCGCAAAGAAGAAAAGGAAGGGGCCAUUCCCAAAAGGCGCAGAACACGGGCAAAGAAGAAAAGAAAGGGGCCAUGCCCAAAAGGCGCAGAACACGCGCAAAGGAGAAAACAAAGGGGCCAUGCCCAAAAGGCGCAGAACACGCGCAAAGAAGAAAAGGAAGGGGCCAUUCCCAAAAGGCGCAGAACACGCGCAAAGAAGAAAAGAAAGGGGCCAUGCCCAAAAGGCGCAGAACACGCGCAAAGGAGAAAACAAAGGGGCCAUGCCCAAAAGGCGCAGAACACGCGCAAAGAAGAAAAGAAAGGGGCCAUGCCCAAAAGGCGCAGAACACGCGCAAAGAAGAAAAGAAAGGGGCCAUGCCCAAAAGGCGCAGAACACGCGCAAAGAAGAAAAGAAAGGGGCCAUGCCCAAAAGGCGCAGAACACGCGCAAAGAAGAAAAGAAAGGGGCAACAACAAGAAACUUAAAGAAACUCAGGUCCAAACACAGACAGGACAUAGAAACAUAGAAGGAGGAGUAAAGAAGUUAAAAACAAAGAACGGGGCAGCAACAAUUUACUAACCUAUAAAGCAAACAAGAUCAAUAAUUGA